AUGAAAAUAAUAUCAGAACAACAACAAUUUAUAGAGACACAAUUAAAUCCUUAUGAAUACAUACAAACAUAUGUAAAUCUUUAUGAGAAACAGAGAUAUUCACCACUUAAAGUAUUUCCAACAUCUUCUAAGUAUUAUGAUGAGUUUCAAUAUGAGUUUAUUAAUUUUGCUUUAAAACACAGCACAUCAAUUAAAGAAAUAAAUAUUCUAAUUGAUCUUUUAGAACAUUUAAAGGAGGAAUUUAGUGAUUUUUAUAAUUUUUGUAUUGAAACUCUUUUUAAAGGAAUUAAUCUUAAAUUACACGAGUUAGAGAUUAGUUUAUUUGAUCUUAACAAUGAUUAUUCUAGUGUAUCACUUCUCUAUACACACACUCUUUUUAAUAUUGAUUUUUAUCCACUAAUUGUCUAUAAAGCUUUAUUAUUUGAUGAAAUUAAACAAGCAUUACAAUACUCAUUUGAAUUAGUUCAUAAUAUUAACAAAACUAUCAGGAGGUAUAAAUUAUGUAAUUUAAUGGAAAAUCUAACCACUAAAAAGACAAAUGGAGAAUUUAUCAAUCUAAAUGAUCUAAAUGAGUUUGAUUCAAUUAUUGAUUCUUCUUAUAAAAAAGAUUUAAUCAAUUUUAGUGAUGAAGAAAUUAAUAGAACUAAAAAGUAUAUUAAAGUAAAACCAGGUGAUUUAAUUAAUGGUGAGAACAGAAUAUUAACAUACACUUUUGAAACAUUCUUAUUACUUUACUGGAAUAAAUUCAAAGAAGAGUAUUCUAAUUUGACAAAUUCAGAUUUUUAUAUCAAAUUAAUUGAUUUAGCCUCAGAAAUUGAUAAUUAUCCAAAUUGUGAUAGAAUUGUUAAUGAAAUUAAGAAGUACGCUGAUUAUAUAUUAAAUACAGCAGAAAUUAAAGAUUUGAUUAAUUUCCAAAUUAACGAAACAGAUCAUCAGAUAGAAUUUAAUGGAAAAUAA